AGUUUCCUGUUAUAAGAUAAUAAAAAUAAAGACAUUAAUAAAAACUUCUUUCUUGAACGCCAAGCUUAAUAUUAUUGACGUGACCCAGUUACCAUGACAACUAUUAGUUAUGUCAAUUCCAACAAUACGUAUCACGUUUCGGCUGAUGUAGUUUUAUUUAAAGUUUGAAAAAAGUUCAAAAUCUUUAAUCAUGGGUGAAGAACAAUUUGGUGUCCGUCAUGUUAUUGGUGCACCCAUCUCAACUACGAGGCUUUCUGAGCAGGCCAUCGUAUGUAUGCCUCCACGAUCUGCCAAGUUCACCUUAGCAGAAUGGAAGCUAUCGAACGAUAUGCGAAGCCGAAAUACAGAAGACCAGCAGCAGCUAGCAGACCGAAUUUUAAAAGAAAGUGAAAGGAUUCGAGAUGAAACUGGUGAACGCGCGUCCAUCAUGAAAGCAACGUCUGAUAGACGUAUAGAAGAACGCCUUGGUGAUGUAGAAUUCAAUAAAAAAGAACUACAGCUGCAGAGAAAAGAAAUAUGCCUCGAACUAGAAGCACUCAGUGUUUAUAAGACCCGUCUCCAAGACUGCCUUGCAUCACUUCAAUCAAAUGCUCUGACCAUUUGCCGUAAGUGUUUAAUGCUGCGUGAUGGCCGUAUUGGAAUCGAUCUGGUAGUUGAUGAGGUUGAGCAUGCUCUUCAACAGGAAAUAACUACGAUUCUAGGCGGUCAAAGUCUUUUGAAACGUGCUUUGGAACAAUUGAACGAACAAAUGAGGCGCCUUCGUGCUACCAGAUAUCUUCUAGACAGAGAUCUGCAAUACAAGCAAGCAGCUAUUGAUCUGGACAAAGGUUCUUUAUCUUUGAAACCAACUGAUCUAUGCUUGUCUGUUUACGAAGGCUACGCUAACUUGGAUCCAGCAAAUAUUUCAGCUGAUGAGUAUAACGCAUAUUCAGCUAAGAACGUGCAACAAGCUGCAAGAGAAGUAACCAGUGCUCGUCCCAUACGUGUAUUUAUUGACGUAUUACUAAAACAAGUGAUUGAUGAUCUUUGGUGUUCCUUUAACAAAUGCAAUCACGAGUUUAACGAGCGCAUUGAAGAUACUAAGAGGACAAAGGCAAAACUGGAAGACAUGCAUAGAGAAACAACGCAGAAAAUAGCUGAUAUGAUGAAUAAUAUUCUUCAACUGCAGAAGGCGUUGUGUGACAAGGAAGGGAAUACCGCUUUGGCUCAUACAAGACUUGGGAGAAGAGCUCAGCGUAUAGGAGCCGAACUAGUUCGUGAUCCACCAGGACAAUCCUUGUACUACGAGUGUGAGAUGUUACGACACAGCACUGAACAGCUCCAACAAAUGCUGCAUGAAGCGAACGCAUCCUUGCGCUAUUUACUGCAAACUCAGAUACAAUUAGAAGAAGAUAUAAAUGUUAAGAUGAAUACUUUAAAAAUCGAUGAAGUUGAUUGUAUGACUCUACGUACAACUAUGGAUUAUCAUGCCUAUUAAUUUUGUUAAUUUGACUCGCUGAAAUCACGUAGAUUGUGUUUAACUUAGGUACAGUUUUUUCAAUGUUUUUAAUUAUUUACACGCUUUAGAUAAAAUUGCUUACAAUUUGUGUGGAAUAAAUCGAGGUUACUCGUAAUUCUUUAUUCUUAUUAAGAAAAGGGAUGUUUGAAUGCUUGGAAUUUAAUAUAUUUCUGAAUUCUUG